AACUCGCACCCCCAUUGAACCGCCGCCACCGCUCGCAGCACCCGCACCGGAAUCAAACCACACGCGCCCGCCAUGUCUGCGCCGUCUCUCGCCCCUUAUAUUGUCAAGCGCCCGUGGCUGCAGCGCUGGGUGGCGCCGCUCGCCAAGUGGUACGGCAACGCCGCUGGCUACAGGCAGCUCGGCCUGAGGGCCGAUGACAUCCUCCCCGAGGAGAACGACGUAGUCCAGCUCGCCCUCAAGCGUCUCCCGCCCAAUGAGGCCUACGACCGCGUCUUCCGCAUCCGCCGAGCUUUCCAGUGCUCCGUAUCCCACCAGCUCCUGCCCAAGAACGAGUGGACUAAGCCAGAGGAGGACACUCCCUACCUGAGCAAGAUCAUCGAGGAGAUCGAGGUCGAGAUGAGCGAGCGUGAGGACUUGGAGGCCAUGGUCGUGCAGAAGAGAAAGGCGAACGCCAGCGCCAGCCACUAGACGGGAAGGAAUGUAAAUACGACAAAUGGCACUGACACGGGCUUGGAGGGAUCUGGAGGGAUUGAGCUGUGCAUUAGAGUGUACUAUCAAGAAAUUUCCUAUCGUCAUGUAUUGAACGCUCUCAAAACAUCUCCCCCGCUACCGCAGUAACAGGGUUCACCGCCAUCUUCUGCCGCUGUGAAUCACCCAUGAAGUGAGCUAUUGCAUGUACAACUGCUAUAUGGGAGCACAUGUAAGAAAAGCUACGGUACUGCGAAAUGUAUGGAGC